GCUCUGUGCUCGGCCAUAUGUCGAUCCCAGAUCCCUGUUUGGUCUUCUCGGUCUCGCAUUUAGGAUGGCCACCGGGUUAGGCCUCCACCGAGAUGGAUCUCAGUCUGGCUUGUCGCCCUUCGAGGCCGAGCAGCGCAGGCGAUUGUGGUGGCAGAUUGUCAUCUUCGACAAGCGCAUAGCAGAGAUCACGGGCUCGACCGUGACCGCUCUAUCUUCGUGCGUCGCUGACACGAGAAUGCCGCUCAACAUCAAUGACGCGGACUUGAACGUCCACGCCAAGGGCCAACCGGGCGCCUAUGCCGGCCCUACCGAGAUGGUGUUUUGUCUCACCCGCAUAGAGCUCACCGUGGCGGCCUCGCCCGACAACGUCCGUCGGAGAGUCACCACCCCCGGGGGGCGGCCCUUGCACCAGCCAAUGGUGCACUACACCCCCUCACCCUCGACGCCUGACCUAAUGACACACGUAGCCAACCAGAGCCUUCCGAAUGACCUGGUGGCUUUCUGCUCGUAUGUGGAAAACGUCUACCUCAAGCCAUGCGACCCCAAGGUUCCGCUGCACUACUUCACGCUUCUGAUGACGCGGCAAGCCCUGUGCAAGCUGCGCAUCAUCGACUUCCUGUGUCGGACCGCCAACACCGACAAUGUAGACCAGACCGAGCGGGACAACUACUUCAUGGAAGCCCUCCGGAUGGUGGAGUAUGACAACCUCAUCCAGAGCUCCGACAUGCUGCAGGGCUUCCGCUGGUACACGUACGCGCACUUUCCCCUCCCGGCCUACCUCUGCCUGGUUUCGGAGCUGCGCCAUCGCACCACAGGCGAGCUGUGCGAGCGCGCCUGGGCCGUCAUGCUCGAGAACCACGAGCGGCGCGGCCUGCUCCGACGCCACAACCGCAACCCUCUGCACAUCGCCUUUGGCCGCUACUUCGUCAAGGCCUGGGACGCCCACGAGGCCGCCGAGCUGCAGCUCGGCCGUUCGCUGCCCACGCCCAAGAUCGUCUCGCUGCUGAGGAGUACCCUGGCCAAGACGCGGCGGCCCACUUUGAUGUCCCAAGGACCGCCCGGAGGGCACCAGGUUCCCGUGCAGACCGUGCAGGCCGCGCUGCCACCCGGCCCGGCCACGGCCACGGCCACGGGGAUGCCCGCCGUGGGCGACGUCGUCCCAGGUCCGACGGGCAUGGCCCCCGGCGUGUACUCCAGCAGGCCGCCGAUGCCCCAGUCAGCAACAGCCACGCCACAUAUGGGCAGCGCUGUUGCUGGGAACACCAUGAUGAUCGACGACGCGAUGAUGUACUCGGGAUACGACAGCAUGGGCAACGUGUACCCCAACUCGGCCGCCCCGCAGGAUGCCGACGUCUCUGGCAUGGACUGGAACUAUCUCGUCCAGCUCAGCUCGCUGAGCGGGUUCAGCCCGACCAAUGGAUACUACGUCCAAGGCACGGGAGCUGAAGGAAGAAUCUAGGCGCCUCGACUGCGCGGCGAGUGCAGGACACUAGUUACUGGAGAAAAGGCGAAGAAAAAGUUAUUUGCAACGAGUGAGCGAGCGAGCGAGCGGUCUAGCGAACUUAUGCCACGGCGUUUAUUUACGGGCUGGCGGAGUUGGGGCGCUGUUGGAAUUGGGAUGUGCUGUCUAGCAGUCCAGGCUACUCUGCUCUUCGUUCGGGGCCGGGUCCGCGGGUCAACUAUCGGGGGGGUUCAAAGGAAAGGCGCGCUCUUGUGUGCGGUUGGUUUCUCUUU